AUGUAUAUUGAAUUUUUAUUGUACGGAAUAUUUAUUUUAGUUGUCUUAUUCAUUGUAUUAUCUUUAUUAAUUGUUUGCUUAAGAUGGCACUACACUAUUAAAAAAAAGAAAUGUCCAACUCAAUUUAGCAUAGCAUUUUUCCAUCCAUAUUGCAAUGCUGGUGGUGGUGGUGAACGUGUGCUAUGGUGUGCUGUUACGGCUGUUAGUACAACAUACCCAAAAGUAAAAAUUAUUAUUUACACUGGUGACUUAGAUGUAUCACCUGAUGAAAUUAUCAAACGAGCAAAACAAAGAUUCAACAUAAAUGUACCUAAAAAUUUAGAGUUUAUGUAUCUACACAGAAGAAAAUGGGUUGAAGCAGAAAAUUACCCUUAUUUUACUCUUUUGGGCCAAAGUCUUGGGUCUAUUGUAUUAGGUAUGGAAGCGCUACGUUUAUUCCAGCCAGACAUUUUUGUUGAUACUAUGGGUUAUGCAUUUACACUACCGUUAUUUAGUCUCAUUACUGGUUGUAAAGUGAGCUGUUACGUUCAUUAUCCAACUAUAAGUUCUGAUAUGAUAAAUAAAGUUAUUCAACAAAGAGGAAAACGUAUUACAAUAUCAUCCAUUAAACUUGUAUAUUAUCAGCUAUUUGCAAAACUUUAUGGUUUAGUUGGCUGGUUUGCUGAUUCUAUUAUGGUAAAUAGUUCAUGGACUGAAGAGCAUAUCAACGCUCUCUGGAAGCGUCCUUUAAGUACUUAUAAAGUAUACCCACCUUGUGAUACAUCUGAUUUACAACGUUUACCUUUGGAAAGACAUAAAAACAAAAAAAUGAAAAUUAUAAGCUUAGCACAGUUCAGACCAGAAAAGGAUCACCCAUUACAACUAAAAGCCAUGUACCAUCUUAGACAAAUUGUAAAUGAACAAUUGUGGGAAAAUAUUGAACUUGUAUUUAUUGGAUCAACGAGAAAUAAAGAAGAUGAAAUGAGAGUUGUUGAUAUGAUGGAUUUAUGUAAACAUUUAUCGCUGGAAAAUAAUGUAAAAUUUAAAGUAAAUAUAAGCUAUGAUGACCUCAAAAAUGAACUUUCUGAAGGAUUGAUUGGAUUACAUGCUAUGUGGAAUGAACAUUUUGGGAUUGGAAUUGUAGAAUGUAUGGCUGCGGGAUUAAUUAUGAUUGCACAUCAUUCUGGUGGCCCUUUAAUGGACAUUAUUAUAGAAGAUGGUGCAGGGCAAAAUGGAUUUUUAGCCACAAAUGAAGUAGAAUAUGCACAUGCUAUUCAUAAAGCACUUUUGUUGCCAGAUACUCAAAAAUUAUCAUUACAAAAAGCUGCCAGAGGAUCUGUAAAUCGAUUUUCUAAUCAACAAUUUCAUGAAAAUUUUUUGAGAGCUAUUCAACCAUUGUUUAGUGUUAAAAAAUUUAAGUAGUCAAUUUAUUUUAAAUAAAAUAUUUCAAAUAUCAUA